AAAAUUCUUCGAAUUGGCAAGAUGGCUGCCAUAUCCGAAAAGAAAUAUCACAAGUUCACUGAAAGAUAACGCAAUUACAAAGAGUUUUCCAUCCUCAAGAUAUAAAGUGACCUUAUGACAGUGUGAGUUAAAUUUUAUCGAGUCUAAAAAACAGUGAAAGGUUGAUAAAUAGACAUAUCUGCAGUUUGUUUAUGGAAGUCUUUUAGGCAGACAGGAGGAAGACCAGAGGCAGAGGGAAGGCCUACUGAAAUUUAUCAAUGAAUGUUUUUACAGCACCACAGUGAUCUAUGGCACCCAAUUACAUUAAACUACAAUAGCUGGGUUCCAGGAUUUGAGCACAUUGGCUGUUAUGUUCUUAAUAUCUUUAUGAUCUGUUCCUGAUCAUGGUUGACAAGAACAUGCUAAAGAUGUUUCUACAAUAUGGUUUUUUUGCUGGCUUGUGUCUAGGAUGUGAUGCAGCUGUCUCUCUUGCCAAGUCUAUGAAAAUAGAGCCACUUAGUCACAGAAAUAUCAUUUUGGCACUUCUUGACAACUGUUCUCAUGGUAUCAUAGCACUCUUUGCAUGGCUUCUGAUGACAGAUUUUGAGAAUUCAAAAAGAAACAUUCUUCUUGCAUUUUUGUGUGCUAUCUGUGCAUGUUUUGUGGACAUAGACCAUUUUAUAUCAGCAGGAUCUUGGAAACUAAAGGAUGCUCUGAAGCUACAUUCAAGACCACCCUUUCACUGUACAACAAUUCUUCUGCCACAUGUUCUCCUUAUGAUUGCUGGUUCUAUAUUCAAGAGCCCGUUUUCGCAGCAGCAAUUUUUAGUAGACUGGGUACUAGUGACGUUUGUUGCUGUUAUUACGCAUCAUUUGAGAGAUGCAAACAGACGGGGGCUUUGGUUUUGCCCAUUCGGAAGCACAAGGCCUUUGUCAAUGCCAGUUUAUUUGCUAAGUAUAAUAACUGUACCAUUUGUGAUUGGCAGACUGCGACAGCAUGUGUGUCAUACAGUUGACAGGACUGAUGAAACCCUCGUAUAAUGUCAACGUAGGACACUAUAAUAGUGAUGUAGAGUUAAUUUACAAAACUGUCCUAUUGAUGUAGAACCAAGCUGUCCUACAAGUGUUAGCUAUUGGCUAUUUCAUAGAAACGCUAUUCGGGGUUAUUAGGGGGAGGGGUUCUUUUCUAAGAAUUUUUAAUGCAGGGGUAUUAAGUUAGAAUUCAAUAAUACGUCUUGUCGAUUAAAUUGUUGAAAUUGAGUAGGGGGCAAGAGACUUAUUUUUGGGCAUUAGGUUUUUAUCUUAGAGGCUGUUUACCCGGAUUUUGUGGCAAAUCAGGCCAGAGGUGGCGCCAGAAAUCUUCCGACAGAGGGGCUGGAGCUUCCGACAGAGGGGCUGGAGCUUCCGACAGGGGGGGCUAAAAUGACUUAAACAAGCAGUUUUCGUACGUUAUUUUGACAAAUUUGCUCCGACAAUAAUCUAAAAUUUCCUCCGAUGGGGGGCUAGAUGCUUCCAACGGAGGGGCUGUAGCCCCCCCUAGCCCUCCCCUGGCGCCACCACCACCGUCAGGCAAAUCUGGCAAACAUAACCAGAGGGUAGGCCAGUGCCCCCACCCUACCCCCAUCCUGCCCCCACCCUGCCCCCUCCCUUGGCGAGUCUUGCUACUGCUGCUGGUUUAUAUAACUCCCUAGUUUUUUUAUAAGACUAGAUUUUUUGCUCUGGGAGCCUACAUACAUUAUUAACUUGUUACAAAACGAGGCAAACAUGAAAGCGAUAUAGACCAAAGUUGUUAGGGAGAAACUCGUGUUCACAGCUGGUAGAAAAGAGGAGAUAAACAUAGCAUAAGAUAAACAUACACUGGUAGUUUUUGUCGCUUUACAGUCAUAUCGUGAAUUAUCUUUCCGCUAACAUACUGGCAGGGAAACCACUGCCCUUUUCUUUCACGGGUACGCCCCCCCCCCAACAAUCCUAUUUCGUUACCCCGUAAAAGCAGUUUCUUUCUCAUUUCUUGCUAUACGAUGAUGCGUAAAGGACCUUGCCUCGAUCAGCCACUGGAGAAAAUUCCGGAAUCGGUCGAUCGAGGUAUCUUGUCUCUAGAGAGUUUUUUUUAGGAAUGUUAAUUUCGAAAUGUUAUAUCCACGGUUUAAGAAAUGAAAUAGUAGAUAUUUAUUGUCGAUUUGUACAUAUUAAUAGAAAUUUAUGGAUUUAUUGAAAAUGGCUUUGAAAAAACAAACAUUUUACAAUACACUAAAAGCUUUUUCGUCUGACACUGCUCAGAGCAUAAAACGUCAGAAUAAGGUUCCGAAAGAACACGGUGAAAAAUAUAUACCCAGUUCUGAUUGGCCUAUUUCGAUCCACAACUGGGUAUAUAUUUUUCAUCGUGUUCUUUCGUAACCUUAUUCUGACGUUUUAUGCUCUGCGAAGUGUCAGACGAAAAAGCUUUUAGUAUGUUGUAAAAUAUUUGCUUUUUUCAAAGCCAUUUUCAAAUUCUGUACCGCAAAAAAAUUGUUCAGAUUUAUUGAAAUAAAUAGACUGUAUUACGUAGUGAUGCAGAUGAUGCAGAUGAUAGUAGAUGAUGCAAAACGUAUAGAGGGGUUAAUUACCACGGAUAUUGCCAGAUAUGAGAACCAUAAUCAGUGGCAGAGCCACGGGGGGCAAUGGGGGGGACUAGUUCCCCCCACUUUUUCAGAAAGUCGCUCCUUUAGAUCCUUGCAAACCUGUUGAGAAAACUUCAGGGGGGGGGAUAUAUACUUUAUCUAGAUCGUCACAUUUAAAUGACAUUUCUUGGGAGAUAAGAGUUGUAUCCUCCGGAAAAAAUAUGUGUCAAUCACGGGUAAAGGGCGAGGUCUAAAAGGGCGUGGACACACUAUUUGUCCCCCCCCCCCCAUUUAUCCCAGGCUGGAGCUGCCACUGACCCCUAUGCUCUAUAUAUUGCCGAAAAUCAAUGCGACCCCCUCCCUACAUUUCAGUAGCUGCAGUCCUAGAUCUAUGUACGUAAUGUUAGAAAUUUGUUUAACCAAUUUACUCUCCCCACAUCAUAAUUGUUGUUGAUUUGUACAAAUUUGUAGUAAUUUAUAAGUUUAUUGCAGAAAAGCAACUUUUAUUUUUGUUCUUAUUAAAUUGUUUUAUUAUUUGAAUUUUCUAAAUUAUCGUUGUACUUUAUGCAAGGGCUGAAUUAACGGUGGAAGCUAAGGACACUGAUCCCCCUUCCACACAAUUUUCAAAAGGUAAAUAUAAGAAUCUAUAUGUUCUAUAUAAUGGUGAAAAUCAACCUUCCCCCCCCCCCUUCCCCCUACAUCUCGAAAUCUACCUCGGCCCUUGACUGUAUGUAAUUAAAUGGUUGACAUUAAUUGGCCUUCUCGCUAUAUUGAAAAAUUAUUAAAGAAGUAUUAUUAUUUAAGUAUUCUAGAAUAUUGUAGUCCUUUAUGCAAGGGUCGAGAUAGCGGGGGGAGCUAAAGAGCUUGAACCCCCCAAAUUUUCAAAGGAUUAAUAUGAGAGCCUUUAUGCUCUAUAUA